GCCACUCUGCAUCAGCGAGAGUUUCUAACCGUGGUAAGAUGGCGGCUGUGUGGAUCAGGGAGCUGCUGAUCUCCACUAACAUAACAAGAUGGUUUCUUCCAAAACGGAAUGCCUGCUUCAGAACUGUUGACAGAGAGAUUUAUUUAAGAAACUCUGCCAAGUCAUGCAGCACUCUCGGGCAUGUGGAGUGUUGUCACUAUACCUGCAGUGCAAACACCAAACGCAAGUAUGUGCCUCGGAGAGCUGUGCUGUAUGUACCUGGGAAUGAUGAAAGGAAACUCCACAAGAUAACCAGUCUCGAUGUAGAUUGUGCUGUCCUCGACUGUGAAGAUGGUGUUGCAUUAAACAAGAAGGAAGAAGCCCGGAUAACGAUUGCAGAGACACUCAAUCGACCUCAUGUAGGCCGCACAGAUCUGUGUGUGCGAAUUAACUCUGUCUCCAGUGGCCUGGCUGAGCUGGACAUGGAAGUUAUCUUGCAAUCUAAAGAACUUCCGCCAACCUUGAUGCUGCCUAAAGUGGAAACUGUCGAAGAAAUCAAAUGGUUUGCAGACAGAUUUGCAAAAUACUCAAAGGGCCGGACAUUAAAGGAACCAAUGAAUUUAAUAACUUUCGUCGAGACAGCAGUAGGAUUGCUGAAUUUCAAGGCUGGAUGUGAAGAGGCACAGCACCUUGGCGGCCGUGCAGGCUUCCAACUUGAUGGAGUGGUAUUUGGCUCAGAUGAUUUCUGUGCCAGCAUAGGUGCCACCAGAACUAAAGAUGCUCAGGAGCUUGUUUACGCAAGGCAGAAGGUUGUUGUGACGGCAAAAGCAUUUGGUCUCCAAGCCAUAGAUCUUGUCUAUAUUGACUACAAGGAUGAUGAGGGCCUUUGCAAGCAAUCAAGAGAGGGUGCAUUGAUGGGGUUCACCGGUAAACAAGUGAUUCACCCCAGGCAGAUUCCAAUUGUACAAGAAGCGUUUUCACCAAGUCCUGAGAGAGUAAAGUGGGCUCGGGAACUGAUUGAAGCUUUUGAAGAAUAUCAAAAACUGGGAAAGCUACGUAUUAAGAACUGUAUGCCGCUAUUAAUUUUGAAGUAUGUAUGGGAAAAUAUUUGUAGGUUUAGAUGAAAUUAAUAAUCGAUUGUGCCAAUUGUAGUAAAUUGUAAAUAAACCGUGCCCAAUCUUAACACCAUACAUAGAAUGUAUGUGUGUCUUUUUACCAAAAUGCAUCUUGCAUUUGCAUUUGCUGACUUGAUAAUAUUUAAUUCUCUUCUCUGAUUGUGCAAGAUAAUACUUUAGCAUUAAUGUUUUCGGUCUUCAAGUACUUGACUUUGCAGUACUCCAAAGAUAAGGGAAAUCCGACAGUGAAAUUGUCAAUUCUCAUUGUUCAGAGAAGCAAAAAGAUUUUAUUCUUUCUAUUCUUUCUCUUUA